AUGGCGACUUGGACAUUUGAUCAAUUCAUCGAUUUGUUGCAAUACGAAACUAAAACACAAGUAAGAAACCCAUAGUGCAAUAUGUAUAAUACCUAAUACCAAAAAAAUAUUUUUUGUGAGAAGUUUUUGGACAGUAAGCCAUAAUUUAUUGUUUCAAAUAAAAUGUUUGAAAAUUUCUCAUUAAAGUAAUCUAUUAAUAACUACAUUUGAAUAAUUAAAGACACGUAGAAAACAAGAAAUGUAUGUUCGAAAUCGUAGAAAUUUGAACACGCGCCUUUUUUCAAAGUUGUGUGUUGUUCGUUUGAAAAAAGAAAUAAAUAAAUAAAAAGUGGUGGUACGGUAUGCUAAGAAUGCACACAUGUGCGGCAAAUCACGAACAUUUGUGCAAACACCAAAUUUUGCGUCGGCUGAGCGAUUUCAAAAAAGGCAAUUUCUUUUUUUGACUUUCGUUAAACUCAAUAUUUUUCAAUUUUAUUUAUGUACUUCCACUAUUUGAAGGAUGAUAAAAAACAUGCAAAUAAUGAUUUUUGAACGAUUUCUAGUUUUCUACGUGUCUUUAAAAUUAUAUAAUUACAUUUUUUGAAGACAAUUUUGAAUAUAUUCUUUUUUCACUUCCUAAGGUUUCAAGUGCUGCGAAAAAACAGAAAAUGAGCCAAAUUUUUCGAAAAUGCCUCAAUUCACAAGUUUUUCAGACAUUUUCAUGAAAAUUCAUUUUGACGAGGCGAAGUGGCCACCACAUGGUAGCCAUGUGGCCGUGAUCUAGCCAGAGCCUGGCCACCUUGCCAGCGAAAAAAAACCGGGCGACAUGGUUUCCAUGUGGUUUCCAGGUCAGCCAGCCUCCCCACCUGGUGGCGAGCUGGCCAGCGAAUCUCCGAGUAAAUGUAGAUCAAAAUAUAGUUGACGAAUUUCAGAUAAGAUCUCCAAAACAUCUUCAAAAUGAUGAGGAAAAACUCAUAUUCAAAGGAAAUAUGCUUAUUAGAAGAAGCGAAACAUUUACAGAUAUAAAAAUAAUUCAUUUUCUGAAAAGGUAUUGCGAAAUGGAAAUUCAUGGAACUGCUGAAGAAAUGUUGGAAUAUUUUAAAAGGAUUGAUAGAAUUGAACAGAACGAAUUCAGGUGUGUCAAAACAAUUCACAAAAUUAGAACUCAACUUUCUGAUAUGACUUGGGAAAGUUUCAGAUUUGCAUAGAAAUCAUUCUUGUAGUUCGUUGUCCCGUCAUAAUGUCCCGAUUUUCGAAAAUUUUCCAGCUGCAAGGAGCAGAUCAAUUUUUCCAGAGAUCCUUCUUCAUUUCCGAAAUACACGGAUGUUUCUGGUGAUAUUAUUUGUGUUUCGAAUUCUGAUGCUAUCAGAUAUAUACGUUCGUCAUGGGGGAAAAAAAUCAGAGAAUUUAUGAAUUUUGAAAAGAAAAAUGAUGAAGAACGUGUUAUUCAAUAUAUCUGGCACAUAAUGGGUUUAAGCGAAUUACCUAACAAUAAACAACAUAAAAUGAUAACUGAUGAUUCGUGGAAACAUAUAUAUGAAAAGUUAUGCGAUGUGUGCAAUAUUGAGAAAUUGGGAUAUGUCGAAGAAGACGCGGAAAAUCAAGAGAAUGAGGCAGUCGAAAAGUGGUUAGAUGAGUUCAAAAAACAGAAAAGCGAUUGGUAUGCUUAUUUGGCUAGUAUUAUCGAAAGCCGGAACGGUUUGAAAAAAACCUAUGAUGUAGUUACAAAUUUUCGCAAUGCUGUUAAAUCAUUACAAGAUGAAUUGAAGUUUCUUGUUGAACCCAUACAACAGGUUUGAAUGUUCUUCUAAUUUUGUUUCGAAAGUUUUGAAUUCAGGUUUCACCUAAUUACAAACCUGUAGUUCGUCGAUUCAAAGGAGCGAAUUAUGAAUUUUAUCUAGCUAAAGAAGUUAGUAAUGCAUUUCCAGAUGAGAAUGUUAUCGUGGAAAAUGGAAACGAGCUGCUAUACAGACGAGUUUUCAUCGUAGAUUCUCAAACAUUUGAUGGAACUAUAGCAAAAUAUGGUGCCGACAGUGUUAUAAUAGUCGAGAUUCCAAUUGAAACAAAUUCUCGAAACAACACUUAUCCAAUUUGUAGUUCCUAUGGAUCACUUUGUCGUCCAGUUUGGGAAGAAAUCGAAGAGAAGUUAUAUGAUAUUAUAGUUUAUCGGAAACAUUUUAUGACUUCUGAUAAAAACGUGUUAAAAACUUAUGAUUUAAUUGAACAGAGUGAAUUCAGUGAUUUUAUCGAGUAUCCUAGGAUGUAUUUGGUGAGUGGUAGAGUCUUUUAGAUAUUUACUAAAAGAGCUGUUAAAAUAAGAACAUUUUUGGAGUUUCAUCAAAAUUACAAUUUUGACACUGAUAAAUUUAGCGUACAAAUGUGGUUUCCGAUACAUACAGGAGAAGUUAUGAAAUAAAGCUUGUUGAAACUGCAAACAAGUCAGCAAUACAUAUUCCAUACCAAAGAGUGUAUCCCAAACUCCAAGUGAUUGAAAUAAUCAAGAAAUUAGUAGAAAAUCAUUAUAUUGAAGAUAAAGAAAUCAAAGGGAUUAUCGAUAAAGUAUUCGAAGUUAUGCCAUAUGAAUUUCUUAAUUAUAAACAAAUGCAUGAUUUAUAUUAUCAAGUUAUAUUGAGAAAUAUUAUUAAAUUGUGUCCGAAAAUCGCGAAAUUGAGAGAAAAUCAAGGAAAAUAUAAGAAGAAUCGGGAAUCGGAUUUGAUUUAUAAUGUUGUGGAGAAUUUCUAUGCUUCGAAGAACAAAAAAAAUUUUGAUUGUGAAACAAAGAAGAUGGAAGAUUUACAGAAUGAGAUCACAGUAAUGAAAAGGUUAGUUUAUAAGUACUGAGAAGUCUUCACAAUCUAAUUUUUCAGACGUGAGCAAAAAUAUCACGAAGAAGUCGGCAGAUUGAAGGAGCAAUUAGAAAAGUAAGCUAGAAUUUCGGUGAUUUUAUUCUGAACAUUUUAUUGAUCUGCAGGUCUGAGACUAAUCAACUAGACGAAAUCAGGAAACUCAAAGUACAAUUUGAAAAGUGAGAACAUUUUUCUAGUUUUGAAACCCAAGAAACUUUUCUUUUCAGACGCGAAGCAAAUCAUCUCGAAGAAAAUCGAAAACUCAGAGAAAAUCAAGAGAAAUAUGAAAAGUAAGAAUUCCCAGAUUUUUACUUCUCAACGUUUCUCAAAUUAUUUUUCAGACAACAACAAGAUCUAAUGCGUGCAUUUUCUGAGCUGAAAAAUCGUUUGCAGAAAAAUCAGAAUGAUUUGAUUGAUAGUAUUAGUUCAAAUCUGAACAAUUUAUCAGUAACUUAUCCAAAUUCGAGAGAAAUUCAAAAAGCCAAGAGAGAUCUCGAGAAAUUUGAAGAAAAUUUCAAUGUUUUUGAAUAA